UUCUUUUUGCACAGAAACUUUUCUUUUCAAUUCAGUAUUUCUGCAUAAGUCGUUUAGUGCAUCUGAUAUUUUCAAAACUAUAAAGCAAAAAUGGGUGUACCAGCUGGUGAUGUUGAAAAGGGCAAGAAGGUCUUUGUCCAAAGAUGUGCUCAAUGCCACACAGUAGAAGCUGGCGGCAAACACAAGGUUGGACCAAAUCUUAAUGGAAUUAUGGGUCGUAAGACUGGUCAAGCUGCUGGAUUCUCAUACUCUGAAGCCAACAUUAAGAAGGGAAUCACAUGGAAUGAAGAUACACUCUUCGAAUAUUUUGAAAACCCAAAGAAAUACAUCCCCGGCACCAAGAUGGUGUUUGCUGGUAUCAAGAAGGUAAACGAACGUGCUGAUUUGAUUGCAUAUCUUAAAGCUGCAACUAAGUAAAUUUAAAUUUAAAUAGUU